CAGACGCGUUGCAGCUCGCCAGCUUCUCUCCGGGAACGGGCGGGACGCAUGCGUGCUGCAGUUUCGGCGCAUGCGCGUUGUUCCGGGCAACGCGCGGUUGGUCGACGCGCGAGCGUCCUUGCUGCUAAGAACGCUGGUGGGGGGGGGGUGCGCGUGCGCGUGCGCGGCCGCAAAGCGGGGCGGGAGGAAACGAGUGCGUUUUCCUCUUAGGCGGCGCCAUUUUGUGCUCAGAGCCGCUACAGCCGCCGGCGGUGUGCCAUUGAGUCGCUGGCGAAGACCGGAAAGCGACGAUGGCGGAGACUCUGCCGGGGUCGGGCGACUCGGGCCCUGGCACGGUGGCUCUCGGCCCGGGCGUUUCGGAGACCGGGACGAGGCGGCUUAGUGAACUGCGGGUGAUCGACCUGCGGGCGGAGCUGAAGAAGAGGAACCUGGACACCGGCGGCAACAAGAGCGUCCUGAUGGAGCGGCUCAAGAAGGCCGUUAAAGAAGAGGGGCAAGAUCCCGAUGAAAUGGGCAUCGAGUUAGAAGCCACCAGCAAGAAGUCAGCAAAGAGAUAUGUUAAAGGACUGAAGAUGGAGGAGGAAGGCACAGAAGAUAAUGGCCUGGAGGACGAUUCCAGAGACGGGCAGGAGGACAUGGAAGCAAGUCUGGAGAACCUGCAGAAUAUGGGCAUGAUGGACAUUAGUGUGCUAGACGAGACUGAAGUGGAGAAUAGCAGUGCUCCAGAUUUUGGGGAGGAUGGCGCGGACGGCAUGCUCGAUUCCUUUUGUGAUAGUAAAGAAUACGUGGCUGCACAGCUGAGACAACUCCCGGCUCAGCUCCCAGAGCAUGCUGUGGAUGGGGAACGAUUCGAGAACACUUUGGAAACGUCAUCGUUGGACUUCAAAGUAACUCCGGAUAUUGAAGAACCUCUUUUGGAGCCAGAAAAUGAGAAAAUACUCGACAUUUUGGGGGAAACUUGUAAAUCUGAGCCAGUAAAAGAAGAAAGUUCCGAGCUGGAGCAGCCAUUUGCACAGGACACAAGUAGCGUGGGGCCAGACAGAAAGCUUGCGGAGGAAGAGGACCUAUUUGACAGCGCCCAUCCGGAAGAGGGUGAUUUAGAUUUGGCCAGCGAGUCAACAGCACACGCUCAGUCGAGCAAGGCAGACAGCCUGUUAGCGGUAGUGAAAAGGGAGCCCGUGGAGCAGCCAGGCGAUGGCGAGAGGACGGACUGUGAACCCGUAGGGCUAGAGCCAGCAGUUGAGCAGAGUAGUGCGGCCUCCGAGCUCGCGGAGGCCUCUAGCGAGGAGCUCGCGGAAGCGCCCACGGAAGCCCCAAGCCCAGAAGCCAGAGAUAGCAAAGAAGACGGGAGGAAGUUUGAUUUUGAAGCUUGUAAUGAAGUUCCUCCGGCUCCUAAAGAGUCCUCAACCAGUGAGGGCGCUGAUCAGAAAAUGAGCUCUUUUAAGGAAGAAAAAGAUAUAAAGCCAGUCAUUAAAGAUGAGAAAGGUCGGGUCGGCAGCAUUUCUGGUCGGAACCUGUGGGUCAGUGGGCUGUCCUCCACAACACGAGCUACGGAUCUGAAGAACCUUUUCAGCAAGUACGGGAAGGUGGUCGGGGCCAAAGUGGUAACGAACGCCCGCAGCCCUGGGGCUCGAUGCUACGGAUUUGUCACCAUGUCGACAUCUGACGAGGCGACCAAGUGUAUCAGCCAUCUUCACAGAACUGAGUUGCAUGGACGAAUGAUCUCUGUGGAGAAGGCCAAAAAUGAACCUGCUGGGAAAAAGCUGUCCGACAGAAAAGAGUGCGAAGUGAAGAAGGAAAAAUUAUCCAGUGUCGACAGACAUCAUUCUGUGGAGAUCAAAAUUGAAAAAACCGUAAUUAAGAAGGAAGAGAAGAUUGAGAAGAAGGAGGAAAAAAAGCCUGAAGACAUUAAAAAGGAGGAAAAAGACCAGGAUGAGCUGAAACCCGAACCUACAAAUCGGUCUAGAGUCACCAAAUCAGGAAGCAGAGGGAUGGAGCGGACAGUCGUGAUGGAUAAAUCGAAAGGAGAGCCCGUCAUUAGCGUGAAAACCACCAGCAGGUCCAAAGAGAGAAGCUCCAAGAGUCAGGAUCGCAAGUCAGAAAGCAAAGAAAAGAGAGACAUCUUGUCGUUUGAUAAAAUCAAAGAACAAAGGGAGAGAGAGCGCCAGAGGCAGCGGGAACGGGAGAUCCGAGAAACGGAGAGGCGGCGGGAACGCGAGCAGCGGGAGCGGGAGCAACGCCUUGAGGCCUUCCAUGAGCGGAAGGAGAAGGCGCGGCUGCAGCGGGAGCGCUUGCAGCUCGAGUGCCAGCGCCAGCGUUUGGAGCGGGAGCGCAUGGAGCGGGAGCGGCUAGAGCGCGAGCGCAUGCGCGUGGAGCGCGAACGCAGAAAGGAGCAGGAGCGCAUCCACCGGGAGCGCGAGGAGCUGCGGCGUCAGCAAGAGCAGCUGCGCUAUGAGCAGGAGCGGCGGCCCGGGCGGAGGCCCUACGACCUCGACAGACGAGAUGAUGCCUACUGGCCAGAAGGAAAGCGUGUGGCGAUGGAGGACAGAUACCGCGCCGACUUUCCCCGGCCGGAUCACCGCUUCCACGACUUUGAUCAUCGAGACCGGGGCCAGUACCAGGACCACGCCAUCGACAGGAGGGAGGGUUCGAGGCCAAUGAUGGGAGACCACCGGGACGGGCAGCACUAUGGAGAUGACCGCCAUAGCCACGGAGGACCCCCAGAGCGCCACGGCCGGGACUCCCGUGAUGGCUGGGGAGGCUACAGCUCUGACAAGAGGCUAAGUGAAGGCCGGGGGCUGCCACCUCCCACCAGGGGCGGCCGUGACUGGGAAGAGCACAACCAGCGGCUGGAGGAGCACCAGGCACGCACCUGGCAGGGUGCCAUGGACACAGGCGCAGCCGGCCGGGAGCACACAAGGUGGCAAGGUGGUGAGAGAGGCCUGUCUGGGCCCUCAGGGCCGGGGCACAUGGCAAGCCGCGGCGGAGUGGCGGGGCGAGGCGGCUUUGCACAAGGUGGACAUUCCCAGGGCCACGUGGUACCAGGUGGUGGACUGGAAGGUGGAGUGGCCAGCCAGGACCGGGGCAGCAGAGUCCCGCACCCACAUCCCCAUCCCCACCCGUACCCCCACUUCACCCGCCGCUACUAAGUCCCACUCACUGCGAGUUUUCAGGUAGGCAGACGCACUGUUGAAUCUGGUAGCCAGGGUUCCCUUGAACUUGUGGGAUCUUUUAAAAGCAAAGCAAAUCCUGCCACCGUGUUGUAGCUCAAUACAAUGUGAACUCACUUUUUUUUAAAAUAAAUGUGUUCUUGUUCUGCCAUUUUUAAAUCAAGGUUUCUGUUAACGAGGCAUUCCAUUUUCCAUUAAUAAAGUUUACCAUUCGCA